AUGGCUUCCCCCUUCCCAGUAGCAUUGCCCGUGUCCCAGACACGGGCUCACAACGACGCGGCCUCGGUCCUCAUGAAGGUCACCACAGAGACCGCUCGUAAGAACGAAAAGAUCUUGCCAAAAGAUGGCGAACCCAACGUCCUCGUCACAUCAGCCCUUCCCUACGUCAACAACGUGCCUCAUCUCGGCAACAUCAUUGGCUCCACAUUGAGCGCCGACGUCUACGCCCGCUACUCUAGAUCAAGGAAUCGCAACACUCUCUACAUCUGCGGCACCGACGAGUAUGGUACGGCCACCGAGACCAAGGCGCUGGAGGAUGGAGUGACACCGCAGCAGCUCUGUGACAAGUACCACGCGCUGCACGCUCAGGUCUACGAAUGGUUCCAGAUCGGCUUCGACCACUUUGGCCGCACCACCACACCCAAGCAGACCGAGAUCGCACAGGACAUCUUCCUCAAGCUGCACGAGAACGGCUACCUCGAGGAGCGCGUCAUGACACAGCUGUUCUGCGAGAAAUGCGUUCGCUUCCUGGCAGACCGUUAUGUGGAAGGAGAGUGCCCACGCUGCGGCUACGACGAUGCACGGGGAGACCAGUGCGACAAGUGCGGUCAGCUCUACGAUGCCGUCGAGCUCGUCAAGCCCCGAUGCAAGCUCUGCUCGUCACCUCCCGUCCAGCGAGACUCUUCGCACAUGUUCAUCCGAAUCGACCAACUUCAGCCAUUGACCGAAAAGUGGGCUAGGGAAGCAGCGCAGAAGGGAGGCUGGAGCUCCAACGGCAAGCUCAUCACCGACAGCUGGUUCAAGGAGGGUCUCAAGCCCUUCAGUCUGACGCGCGACCUCAAGUGGGGUGUGCCCGUGCCCAUCAAGGGCAUGGAAGACAAGGUGCUCUACGUCUGGUUCGAUGCUCCCAUUGGGUACCCCAGCAUCACGGCCAACUACACGGACGAUUGGGAGAAAUGGUGGAAGAACCCGGACAACGUCAAGCUCUAUCAAUUCAUGGGCAAGGACAAUGUUCGAUUCCACACGGUCAUCUUCCCAUCUUGCUUGAUCGGCAGCAAGGAUCCGUACACGCUGCUGCAUCACAUCAACACCACCGAGUACCUGCAGUACGAGGGCGGCAAGUUCUCCAAGUCGAGAAACAUCGGUGUGUUCGGUGACAAGGCCCGCGACCUGGGUCUCUCGGCUUCAGUGUGGCGAUACUACUUGCUGGCCAACCGACCCGAGACCGCAGACAGCCAGUUCGCGUGGCGUGACUUUAUCGCUCGCAACAACUCGGAGCUGCUGGCCAAUCUCGGCAACUUCUGCAACCGUGUACUGACUUUCAUGAAGAAGUACGACUACGUCAUCCCCGCCAUCCCCGCGGACUCGGAACUGCGAUCGUACAAGGAGGGCGCGGUGACGGCAGCCGCCGACGGGGCGGACGAUGCGUCGUCGAGCGUCAUCUCGCGCUUCGCCCGGGAUGUCAAUGUCAUCCUCGCGCAGUACAUCUCGUCCAUGGAAGCCGUCAAGAUCCGAUCGGGUCUCCAGUACAUGAUGGCCCUCUCUGCACGCGGAAACGUCUUCCUGGUGGAAUCGCACUUUGACAACACGCUGUUCACCGAGUCCCGCGCGCGUUGCGACGAGGUGAUGAUUGUCGCGCUCAACCUGAUCUGGUUGCUGUCGGCGCUGAUCCACCCGUUCAUGCCCGAGACGUCGGAUGCGAUUCUCAAGCAGCUCGAUGCGCCCCCGCGCGCCAUCCCGGACGAUGCCAAGUUCUACAUCGACCUGCUUCCCGGACAUAAGAUCGGCAAGGCCGCACACCUGUUCAAGCAGAUCGACCCGAAACAGGAGGACGUAUGGCGCGUCCAGUUCGGCGGAUCGGGCGAAAAGAAGGAGGAGGAAAAACCGCAGUUGAGCAAGAAGCAGGCGAUGAAGGCGGCGAAAGCGGCCAAGAAGCAGGCGGAAGCCGCCAAGCCGCAGGUGAAGAACAAGACGCCGGAGCUGAUCGAGUUGGAAGCCAAGGUGGCGAACGAGGCGGAGACGCUCAAGCAGUUGAAGGAGGGAGUCAAGACGGCGAGCGAGGCCGAGGAUCGGGCGGGGUUGGAGAAGCAGGUCGAGGCGCAGCUGGCGAGCUAUUUGGCGCUGAAAAAGGAGAUGGAGGAGCUCACGGCCAGUUUGGCCAAGAUCGAGGUCGAGGGUGGACAGUAG